CGUUUUAAUUCACUCAUUAACUCACUUGAAUCUCUCAAAGAGAAAAGAUAACAUUCGCUUACCUGUUUCUUUUUUUCUCUCAAUUUUUUCUCUUCUAUUUGAUCAUUUAUCUUCUUUCAUUCUCUUUUUAGUUCCUUGAAUAUAUAAUCUUUAUCUAUCCCUGUGUUCAACAUGUUCCAUGUAAAGUGACAUUAUCACUCUUCUCCUCUCCCGAAUCAUUAUCAUCAUCAUCAUCAUCUGCAUCUAUCAUAAUCAAAUAUCAUCAGUAUUUGUCAGUUACCAUUUUGUUUGACCAGUUAACAUUAUCAUCAAUUAGUUGACGUUUUUAGUUUCUCUCUUAAAUUAAUUAUAAUCUAAUUCUCCUUGCAUUGUUUUUUCUCCUUCUUUUAAACAGACUAUUUGUUCAAGUUAAUUGUAAUUAACGAGGUGACACAAUUUUAUUAUCUAACAAGUAACCAUUUAAACUAUUUAAAUGGUUAAGAGUAGUUGGUGUAAAUUGUUGUUGAUUAAUAAUCUAAAGUAAACAUUCAACUCACUUUGUGCAUGUAUUAACAAUAACUUGUUGAACCAUUUUUUUGAUUGUCAUCUUUUAUCGUCAUCAUUUGUUGAUCACUUUUUCCAAUCAAUUUAUUAUUAAUUAUCACCAAUCGCCAUGCUUUUACUUUCUUCUUGUGUGUUGAACGCUCUUAAAUUACAAGUUACACCCUGAAAAUUACUGGUUAACUUUUUUCUCUGGGAUAACAAGCAAAACCUAAACACAAAAGUGAAUUCAAUUAAAAAAAAGUGAUCAAAAUAGGAACUUGGAUUAAAUUCAAUAAAAGUGAUAUCAUGAUUAUUAGAUUGUAACUAAUCGCUUACCUGUUGAUUUCUCGCCAACCAUCUUGGUUUCCAUCUCUCAUCUCUUUAUCCAAUUUUACCCAAUCAAUAUUUAUCAUAUUACUUAUCGUUUUUCAUUUAUACUUGUACAAUAUCUGUGAUAUUAUCUUUCCAUCGUCUUUGUGAAAAACAUGAAGUAAAAAACCAAAGUCUUUGUAUCUCCUUUGCCUGAUGAUUACACAUUGGAAAAAAAUUUCUCAUAUUAGUCAAUAAGAAUUGGUUAUCAUUUUAUAUUUAACUUUACUCUUUUUUUCCAGAUUCUCAUACUUACUGAUUAUCUGAUCUUCUUUAAUAGUGCCAAUCUUAAUUGUGAUUAUCUUACCAUUAUCAACAAAAGGGAACAACAAGAUAUCAUCACCACCAUAAAAACUUCAUUUUUAAUUACCAUUUGCUUUUCGUCUUCUCACCAUUAAAUCUAAAUAACCUCCAGUCUAACAUCCAAAUAAACACCAGAAAUACUUGAAUCAAUCAAUUGAGAUAAUCAUCAUCAUGGGCAACAAACCAGUACAUCAACCAACACUUUUCCUCAAUGAGAAUACACCCAAUGAAACAUUUAAUCGACAACCACCAGCACCAGUGACUACGAAUCAUUUUAACCGUCCAGUGAUGGACACAUUAAGGAAAAGUUUCCGCCGAAGUUUUCGGAAAAAGAAGGACCAUCACAUCACAGAGAGCAGUAAACCUCAUCAAUGGCAAGCAGAUGAACAAGCAGUUCGUAGUGGCUCAUGUUCAUUCCCUGUUAAAUAUUUGGGUUGUGUUGAAGUUUUCGAUUCAAGAGGAAUGCAUAUUUGUGAAGAAGCACUGAAACUUUUACGGGCUUCUCGACGUCGACCUAUCAAAGGUACACUUUUUGUUACUGGCGACGGCUUAAGGGUUGUGGACGAAGAGACCAAAGGACUUCUUGUAGAUCAAACUAUCGAGAAGGUAUCAUUCUGUGCUCCGGAUCGUAAUAAUGACAAAGGAUUUUCUUAUGUUUGUCGAGAUGGUACAACUCGUCGUUGGAUGUGCCAUGGUUUCCAUGCUCGUAAAGAUUCAGGGGAUCGAUUAAGUCAUGCAGUUGGGUGUGCCUUUGCGGUUUGUCUUGAAAGGAAACAAAAACGAGACAAAGAACUGGUUUCUAUGAAUUUUGAUAAUAAAACGUCAACAUUUACUCGGACUGGAUCAUUUAGACAAGUUUCACUCACUGAAAGACUUACGGAUGUUCAAGCCAUUAAACCUUCAGAACCACCACCAUUAAAACCAGUUUAUAAUCCUUACGCUAUUGAAAGGCCACAUGCUACUCCUCAACUCUUACAGCGACAAGGAUCUUACCGAGGACUCGGUGGAUUAAGCCAAACAUCACCAUUUAAACGGCAAUUAUCAUUGCGACUUAAUGAUCUUCCAUCUAAUCUGGAACGGACAAGAUCUCAUUCAUUGGAAUCAUCCUCAUCUGAUAAUUUCUCAGUCAAUCCUCGAGCUAAUGGCAAUUUAACAGUUGCACCCAUUCCAGAAGCUUCACCAGCAUCCGAGAACAAAGCUGAUGACAUCAGCGCGAUGUGUAAAGAGAUAUCAAGAGGAUUAACACUUCUUAGCAAUAAUGAUGAUCCUUUACACUCACCAACAAAUUUUUUCUAAAAUCAAUUAAACAAAAUUUUCUUUUCGUUUGAAA